AGUCGCAGUUCGAAGCUCGAGGAGACCGAUAGCGAGUCCGAAAUCGUAAUCCUGGACCGAGUAAACGGACGCCUCGGAGGAUCGUGCCAGGAUCUUCUGCCAUGCGAGCAGGAGCAUGCAGAAGCCACUGAGAGAGCUGGGCCGAUUGUGCCUGAAUGCUGGCGGACAGAGCAACGUCGUCGUCGCCGAGGUCUGCAACGAGACGCGCGGAGGGCUUCCGCUUCUUCAGGUAUGGCCCAGCGAUUCGCCCAGGGGCGAAGCCGACGGACAGGCCCAGGCCUUCGUGUUUCCGGACGCGCAGGAGAGCGUCAACGACAGCGGCAUCGAGUCCAUUCAGGCGUCGCCGUCGCCAUGCGGUGCGGUCUGCAACAGUCCGGCGACGACGCCGCAGCAGUCGCGUCGCGCCAGUCUGCUGCAUCCGGAUCACGCGCGGUUGCACCUGCAUCAUCUGCACCACAACCAUCAUAACGCGGCCUCCAAGAGCCCGCCGUCGCCGGACAGGACGUCCGUGGACGAGGAUCAGCCACCUGCGCCGCCGAGUCCUUCCAGCUCGACCACCAGCAGCCUGCGAUCGAUGCCGAGCUCGGCGAUCGCCUCGAUGCACUCCCAGGACAGAAGACGCAGCAGCAGCAGAUACAGCAUGUUCGACGCCUUGGACCUGGAGUACGCUCUUCUGAGGGCCGCGGCCCGCGGCUCCGUCGGCCCAUACUCCUUGUCGGAGUCCCUCCACAAGCUGACCUUCACACAGAGUCUGGCUUUUCCCGCACUUGCGCGCGGCCUCGCUUCCAAGCAAAGCGUGCCGGCCAGAAGACCCCAGCAGCACGCCGAGAGCGGGCUGAACGCCUUCGCCAAGGUGGUGACCGCGCUGGUGCUGAUGCUGGUGAGCGUGCUGGUGUUUGGUGUGGUCUACAAGUUCGCUCGAACGUGAGGCUGGCUGCUGGUGCCCAGUCGGCAUCCUGGGCCGACGCAGGAUAACGGUCGUCUGGGUGCCAAUGGCGCGUUCAGCGCCAACACUUGACCGGAUCCGGAGAUAGCCCUGCGAGGGAAAGGAAAACGGGACGACAACGAGCGCAUAUUAGCCCAUCUUCGGGAUGACGAGGCUCAGGCUGAGUUUAGGCUGAGCGUGAAUUUUUCAACGGCGAGAUCGAUGCGAUGAAUCGAGGAUGAACGGCCGGAUGACGGAUGUGCGACAGUCGAUACGCGACUCGCUCCACACGCGGCUAGGUAGAAACAAUUUUAUAUACAAUAUAAGGACACGUUGUUUCGUUGGAGCGCGACGAGUUUUGCGCGCGUGUCCGGCUGAAUUUCGUACAAAGUUUCGGCGACGAAAGAGACGAAGGUAGCACGGGGAGGAUAAACGAUAAACGACGAGAGCGAUAACGAAGCAGCGACAACGACAACGACUUGUGUGUUGGGUCGCAGAGGAGCGUAUGUGUGUGCGUAUAUGCGUGCGUGUUUGUGUGCAUCCAAAAACAGCAAUUUGCGUUUCGCUAGCGCGAUGAUGAUAGCGGGAUGAUACCAGGUCUGGCGCGACCAAAAAUUCCCGCCGACGCAGAGUGGGGAAGUUGUAAUUUACGACAGGUUGUCAAGUCUACGUCUAGUCUAUUUGCUACGAGUCUAGCCUCCAGUCUCCAUUUCUCAAGACAUAACAUAUAUAUAUAUAUAUAUAC